AUGACACGCGAGCUGGAGGUCUCAAUUCAGCCUGCGCCUUGCUAAAUUACGAGCGCCCUGAUUGGUUAAUAUUCGUCGCAUCCAAAUUCUGUCGAAGCUUCUACAUCAAAAUUUCACAGUAAUGGCCGAAACAAACCCCACUCAGAUACCGGCAGUGAAAUGGGCACAGCGGGCUGAUCGCCUCUUACUGACAAUACAAGUAACGCAGGCUAAGAAUGUCAAUCUAAAAUUCGACGCACAAAAACUCAGUUUUAGUUGUCAAGGAGAAAACAAUGUGAAUUAUGCAGUGGACAUGGAAUUUCACGGUGAAGUCGACGGAGAUAGCUCAAAACCGAUAGUUGGCAGAAAUAUAGACUUAACCAUAAACAAGAAAGAACCCGGAAACUACUGGCCUAGGUUACUGAGCGAUAAGACGAAGCGACAUUGGUUGAGCACAGAUUUCGCCAAGUGGAAGGAUGAAGAUGAGUCAGACGAUGAGGUGGCCGCAGGAGGACCGGGGGGACCAGGAGGAAAUGAUGAUAGGGGGCUGAAUGAGAUGCUUGCAAAUAUGGGUGGAAUGGGCGGCAUGGGCGGCAUGGGCGGUAUGGGCGGUAUGCCACCUGGUAUGGGGGGUAUGGGUAUGCCACCUGGUAUGGGCGGUAUGGGUAUGCCCCCAGGUAUGGGGGGUAUGGGUAUGCCACCUGGUAUGGGCGGCAUGGGUAUGCCCCCUGGUAUGGCGGGUAUGGGUAUGCCACCUGGUAUGGCGGGCAUGGCAGGAGGAGAUGUACCGGAUCUUGGAGACGAGGAUGACAGUGAUGAUGAGCCCAUUCCAGAUUUGGAGGAAGCAGACGAUAAAGAAACGGAAGGCAGAUCUGAAUAGAAGUAACUCGGUUUUCAUCUCAACAUUAUUAUCUCCAAACCAAACGAACAUUGCAAGGAUUUGGAAUAGCUGACGUAGGAAACCUGCGAGCCUAAAUGAAGAACUUAUAAUUCGUCACUACCACCACCACCACCAAAUGUUUCGACCCGCUAGAUGUGAAUGAGCUACGUGAAGUGUGUUGUUUUGAAUGUAUGCAUUCCAUUCCACGGAGAUAUGAAUAACUGACGUACCAAGGGAGGAGACCACACAAUGAUAGCUGACCAUUUUCUUGUAUGUUUUUGUUUUUUGUUUUUUACUUUUGUUAUCUGGUGUGUAAUUAGAAUCAUGUGUAUCUUGAAUGAUAAUAUUUUUCCUACUUUAAUGUAAUGUCAGUAUUGGUAUAUUUUCCCUGCAGUAUAACAUUUCAGGGGAGAUGGGGACCAGCAAACAAAACGACAGAAGACACAAAGUUAUUUAAUGGAUACGGAAUUAAAAUCUUUAAAUUGAGAGCAUACUGUUAUAUGGAAUCACAACUAUUGCAUAUAUUUUUGCUAAUGGAUAUUGUUUUUCUGAGAUAUAGAAGGAAAAAGGGUACCUUAUGCCUAGUUUACAGGGAACUGGAGUUCUGUUGUGUAUAAAAGAAUGCGUCUUAAUCAUGCUCAAAUUUUUAAAAGCAAUUUUUUUUGUUUUUUGCAUAGAGUUUGAUUACCAGCUCUUUGAGUAAUAAGAUAUAAUUGUUAUCAACAUAUGGCAUGUUAUGAGCACGGAAUUCUGGUAACUGAAUCAUCUUUAAUUCCAAUUCAAAUACUUUGAAAAUUAAAAUUAAAUCUUUACUAGAGGUUAACAGUAAUUAUAGAAUAGUCCUGGAUCAUAGGAUGGACUGCCUUUCAAAAUGGGUGCACGUCCGCACAACCAACGUUAACAGCAAUGAAUGAAUAGAUGAAGGAGCAAGAGUACCGUAUCAUUACUCUUGAGUAGAAUAAGCAACCAAAUGCUGCAUGCAAGAUUUCAACUUGGCAGAAGUCUACCAGCUCUGUGCGGGAAGUGCUUAGUUAAGGCCCGAGAUGAAUGGGAAAUGAUAAGGAUAUUAGGAAAUUUAUAUCACAUGUGGCAGUUGUGUUUUUUAUUUUAAAGCUCUGAAUAUUGAUUGUAGUUGAAGGUAUAUUGUUCAAAAGAAAGAGAAAAAAGUACUAGGAGAAUCCACAAAUAUUGUCAUUGCCUGAAGAAAUUUCCCCAAUAUUUCCUAACUUCCAAUUAUUAUUUUCUUUUGCCAAAUGUCUCUUUGUGUUAGUCCAGUGUCCCUUUGUGCUACAGUCUAUUGUUAUUACCCAGUUUCAUUACUAUCCUUAGAGUUUGGGAAUGUAAUCACUGUUCAAAGUCCAUUUUCUCAUGGAAAAAGGAAAACGUAAUUUGUGUACAGCAUAAUGAAAUAUGUAUAUGUAGUUGAUGCAAAGAAGUUUUGAUAAACAUGUUCUCUUAAAUAAUCACCUCAAAUGUUCCUCAUUUGUACUGUGAAGUUUUAGGUAGUUGAGGGAAAUGCAGUUUCACGGAAACCUGUGUGUAAAGACCACUUGAGGAAUACAAGAAAAGCGGUCUUUGUGUACAGGUUCCUGUGAUACAGGUCUCGCUUAGAAACUGCUCAAGGGAAUAAAAACUGGUCUUUGUAGGCAGGUGAGGUGGUCUUUCUGUACAGUGGUCACUGAAACACGUUUUUGACUGUGAUAGAUGGAUGUCAUCGGAAACCAUCCUUCUUUUGAUUUCUACCAACUCCCUGUUUUUGCCAAUAAACAAGUCAUAUGAGAUCAUGUGCAAUCAGUUUUGUGGACAAAUCCUAAAGAUACCAUUCUGUGUUUUCAAAUGGGGCUGAAGUCAAAGUGUGCCAACCACCUAAAAAAUUAAUUCAUGUAAAAUUAGAAUGUAUGAAUCCAACCUCAAAAACUUCAUCCAGCAUUCUAUGGGCUAAAGGAGUAUGAAGAAAAUAAAAAAAACAACAUUAAACCAAGCACACGGGACCAAAUUCGGACUUGGGUGAUAUGAGGGUUCUAUUUUAUAUGAUCGUGUACUGACAAGAAUCACAAGUCGCUUUUAUAUCAAUGGAGAGUUUCUUUAAACUUACAAACUCUCUUUCCAGAAGUAAUAUUUGAGGCUCUCAAUUUUGAAUGUAGUAUUAUGACACAGAACUACUAACAUAAAAAACAAAAUAUAUUUUGGGGAUGAUUGGUACACCUUAAUACUUGGUAUAACAUGCACUGAUCUGUGGAAGGCCAACUGUCCACCUGUCAGUUUCGUAUACACUACUGUAAUUAUGUAACAAAAUGAGAAAUUUAUUUCAUACAGACAAGCUUUUGUGUUUUCACUUUGUUACCGAAUUAUGGUGAUAUGUACAAGUUGAAGAGAAUGGCAUUUAACCUUAAAUGAAUCAAUGGACUAACUCUAUGCUCGUAUGCAACGUUUAAACCUGGCCGUGGAUUGGUCGUUUUCAAGAAUAAAGACCGUGUCAGGUUACAGUGAAAUUUA